CAUUAAAAGGAAUCUUUGGAGAAAUCGAAACUACCCGAAAGGGAGAGCCCAAAUCACCCUCCAGCAUCGGGACCACAGCUGCUCUCUCUCUCACCAUGAACCGCAAUUCCCAGCCCUUCUUUCCUGGCACCCACACUGGUGUCCCCCCUAGUUAUGAGAUGCUCAAGGAGGAGCACGAGGUGGCUGUACUCGGGACACCCCAGAGCUCAGCUCCGGUGACAACCACCGUGAUCAAUAUCCGCAGUGAGACGUCUGUGCCCGAUCAUGUCGUCUGGUCCCUGUUCAACACGAUCUUCAUGAACUGGUGCUGCCUGGGCUUCGUGGCAUUUGCCUACUCUGUGAAGUCUAGGGACCGGAAGAUGGUCGGUGACAUGAUUGGGGCCCAGACUUAUGCCUCUACCGCCAAGUGCCUGAACAUCUGGGCCCUGGUCUUGGGCCUCCUUCUGACCAUUACGUUCAUCAUUCUUUGCGCCACUGGCUCGCUGGUGGUUUUCCAAGCAAUUUCAGAGAUGGUAAACCGUUACUGAGGGUACUAGUAGCCACCCAUGGCCUGAGGCUGUCACUUCUGUCGCGGCAUUUGGUGUACACGGCAAUCUACAACUGAAUUCAAUAAAGCACGUGUGUGUGAG